GUAACAGGACUGGACCUGAACCACUGGACCGGCUGUCCUGGUGUAACAGGACUGGACCUGAACCACUGGACUGGCUGUCCUGGUGUGAUAGGACUGGUUCUGAACCUAGCAGGGAAUGAAGUGAUGAAGUGGUGGUUCAAUGUCUCUCUUCUCCUCCACACUGGGCUGUGGCCUUAAUCCCACUUCACCUCCAAGGACCAGUGAGUCAGCAUAUCCUUCCUUCCAGGAUUAUCCCGUUUCUACCAGCCCUUGGUUCCUGAAAUUCCCUGAUCGGCACAGUGGAACGGAUGAGCUCCUCCAGGAAUGACUUCCAGAAAUCUUUUCUGCCGGGGAGCCUGGGUCAGUGUCUGCAGCCAGAACUCCGUCUACUCCUUCUCCGUCAAGGCGAUGAUCAGCCUGUCCACAGGCUGCCUGCUCAUCCUCGUCGUGGCCUUCCACUACAAGGAUGUCCGGCUCUUCAUGAUUGACCACAACCUGGAAGACUGGCGCAUCGCCAUGACGACCCAGCGGGUGCUGGUCAUCGCCCUGGAGCUGGCCGUCUGCGCCGUGCACCCCCUGCCGGGGGCUCUGGGCGUGGGCUCGGGGGGCGGGGGGGCGGUGGGGCUGGAGGAGGGGAACUUCUCGUCGGCCCCGCUGUGCUCGGCGAGUGGCCCCCAGGACGCGCUGCUGGACCUGGAGCUGCUGCUGUCCUGCCUCAUGUUCCUGCGGCUCUACCUGGUGCACCGCGCCAUCCUGCUGCACAGCAAGGUGCUCCUGAGCGCCUCCUACAGGAGCAUCGGCUCCCUCAACAACAUCAACUUCACCUUCCGCUUCGUGCUGAAGGUGCUGAUGAACACCUACCCCGCCCGCACCCUGCUCUUCUUCAUCCUCUUCCUCUGGCUCUCCGCCUCCUGGCUGCUCACGCUGUGCGAGAGGCAGAUCCGCGAGGAAACGGGCAGGAUGGACAACGCUCUCUGGCUCGUCGCCAUCACCUUCCUCACCGUGGGUUACGGGGACCUGUCCCCAAAGACGACCUGCGGCCGGGCGGUGUGCCUCUUCACGGGCGUCAUGGGCGUGGGCUGCACAGCCAUGCUGGUGGCAGUGCUGACGAAGAAACUGUCUCUGAACAAAGGGGAGAAACACGUCCAUCAGUUCAUGCUGGACAUCCAGGUCUCCAAGGAGAUCCAGGUGGCGGCGGCGAACGUGCUGAGGGAGUGCUGGCUGCUGCACCGGAGCAACCGCAGCAAGAGGCAGGGCCUGGAGAACCGGCAGCGGCAGAGACACCUGCUGGAGGCCAUCCGCAUAUUCCGGUACGUGAGGCUCCGGCAGCGAAAACUGCGGGAUCAUGCCAAUGAGAUGGUGGACCUGUCCAAGCUGCAGGUGAUCAUGUGUGACCUGAACGCCAACUGGAACAAAUCCUACCGCGACCUGGAGCAGCGCAUCAUCGCCAUGGAGAGGAAGAUGGACGAGCUGGGCCAGGCCUUCCAGCACACCUCCUCCCUGCUGGCCCAAGCCGUCCAGCACAGGACCUCCAGCAACAGCUUCAAGUAGCAGACCCAGCGGGUGUCCCGUCCUCCUGGAGAGCUUCCAAAGUUCAGAAUCUUCUUCUCUCAAAGCUGCACGUUGACCUCCUCACCUGUAGGGGGCAUCUUUCUUCUUCCUGAAGCAUCAUGUGACAUAUCAUAGCGCAGGAGAAAACUUCUGGAUGCAAAAAAAGUGGGGAUAAAAAUAUUUUUUAAAACUUUAUCAAUCAGAAUGUACGCUGGAUUUGAGUGCCUAAGUAUUUGUCAUUUUAACUUUUUUGUUUAUUUAAAUUAAUUUUAAAGUCAGGUUAAAUGCACAUGUUCACCUCUUAAAGUCAAUACAAAUUUAAUUGCAAGGAGGUGUGGGGGUUCAGGUCCAGUCCUGU